CAGGAGUCUGUAGACUAGAGGGGGGCUCGUUGUGUGAACAAAUAGACAGUUAGCGAGUAAUGAAAGAAAUAACAGUUAGGACCUCCCUCUCAAAAUAUACAGUGAGUAUAUCAAGCAGCCCACGUUUGGGAAUGGAUGACCGGUUGCGACCUGCGAGGUGUUUUUAAUAGCUGGUUGUAGAGCAACCGGAGUCUUGUUAUUAUUGAUUUAGCGUCAGUUGCAGGUGAAGUUAGCAGAUGAAGUUAUCCAAGAAACCACUGGAUUCAGAUGACGAGGAGGAGCGGCUGGGUGUUUACCAGAAAGAACUGAGAGAGCGUGCCAACCGGAGUAUCCAGCAGCUAAGCAGUGCUCUGACGCUGCGGAGCCUCGAUGGAGAGGAGGCGGAGGGGGGCAGAGCCCACCGUGUGUCUGCUGAAGAGGAUGAGGCUGCGUUGACCCAUAGGACACAGAGUGAAGCAGUCAAUCAGCUGAAGAUCCUUCUACAAAAACAGCGCAGAGAGAUGUCCUCUCCUCUCUCUCCUUCAAAGAGACACUCUCCAUCCAAGAGAGUCCAGGAGGAGGGACCUGCCAGUGUGCCUUUAGUUCAGGAUUUAGUCCCAAUUAUUAACAACCAGUCAGAAUAUGUCCAGCAUCUGGAAGCUGAGGUUAAGUUCUGCAAGGAGGAGCUGCAGGGGAUGAAACAACGGGUCGGAGUAGUAGUGAUGGAGAAUGAGAAGCUUCACCUCGAACUUAAAUCCAAAACUAUAGAUGAAACCCUGAAAGAUUACACCAUCAUAGACUCCACGGUAAAUGAGAGUGCAGUAGCCAAUGGUCAAAAAACCCAGACCAUAUCUGCUUACAGCAUGCCACAGAGAACAGAUGAUCACACAUGGAAAAAUGAACUGGAGCAGUUGAAGGUAAUUUAUCAGGCCCAGACUGAAACAUUGCAAGCCCAGGUUGCCUCCCUCAGGAAGGACCUAGCGGUCAGUCAGAGGGAGCGAGAAGAGUUGAAGGCGCGUCUAAAGCACAGGGAGGUACAGGCUGCGGAGACGCUGAAUGCCGACGGAGCUCCUCGUGUGGGAGGCCUAUGUCUGAAGUGCGCCCAGCAUGAAGCCAUUCUGGCAGGGACACACACCAGCAUGCAUGUUCAGGCUAUCGACAGACUCACCAAGGAGCGUGAUGAGCUGGUGGCAGCCCUGUGUGCAGUGCGGGCCAGCCAACAGGAGGCCCAGCAGAGGGAGUGGGCAGCUUGUCUCCAGGUCAAACAGGCUGUGGAGAUGACUGAGGAGGCCAACCUGCACAAGACUAGGGUGGAGGUGCAGUGUGAGCAGUUGUCCAGAGAACUGGGUCGACAGAGGGAACGGCUGGAGAGGGAGGCUCAGGCCUUGCAGGAGAAACUGACUGAGGUCCGAGAAGAGGCUCGAGGCGAGGCCCGCAAGGAGAAGGAGGAACUGGCACGCACAGUGUCCAACCUUUCCCAGUGUGUGGCUGAGUUAGAAGGACAACUAGACAGAGCACACAGAGAGAAGACUUCAUUGACCAAUCAGCUCGAUGAUACCCUCUGCAAACUGACCAAUCAAGAACAAGAAAGCACCAAGGUAUGUGUGGACCUGCGUUACCAGCUAAGGCAGGCCCAGCUGAAGAGAGAGGAAGCUGAGAGAGAGCUGCGAGAGCUCAGCGUGAAGACCAGCAGACAAACGGAGAAGGCUGAACAGGAAGUGGAGAGGCUGAACUCAGAGCUGGUUGGCUGUCGGCAGCGCCUGGAGGCGGUCCAAAAGGAUGGGAGCCAAUGGCAGGCCGAAGCCCUGAGCCUGGCAGAACAGCUGGCAAAUGCCCAGCGCCAACUGCACCUCACCAGACAGGAGAGCGAGAGUGCAGAGCGAGCACACGAAGAGGACAUGAUGGCCAUGACCGCCUCGGCACGGGAGAGGGAGAGCGAAUUGGUCCUACGGUUGGAGCGAUCGGAGGCGCAUCAUGAACAGAGAGUUGGAGAACUAGAUGGUCUGCUGAGCUCCCAAAAUUCCCUGAUCAGAAAGCUGAAGGAAGAAUGUUGCAUGCUGGGCGCAAAGCUGGAAGAGAUGUCGGGUAACAGCAGGAGUGAGCUGGAGCAGUUGUCCUUGGAGAAGCGCCACCUUGAGGAGACCGUGGGGAGGCUGAGGGCGCGGUGCUCCGAUAUGGAAGAGCAGUGUGUCCAGCAUGGCCGCAUGCACCAGCGCAUGAAGGACAGAUUGCAGCAGUUGGACCGCCACUGUCAGACCAGUGCCCAGCAGGUGUGUGAGCUGCUGGCCAAACAGAACCAGCUGAUGCAGGAAAGACACACUCUCACUGAGGAGAUGCAGAACCUGCACAUAGAGUUCCCUAGAGCAAGUCUGGUUCCCUCCCCGUCCACCUGAGUGUCUUCAUAGAUUUUGUUCUUCGUCACCGCCAUCAUCAUCUCUAUUGUCCUUUGCCCCCCGUGGAGUUGGAUGUUUUCGUUGGUGUUUUAACCAGGUCAUUAUAUAACGUUUCUUUUAUUUUUUGUGUGAAAGUUCUGGUUUUAUAUUUAAAACAUUUUCAGAAAUGAAAUGUCUUUACAUAUUUCCUUAUUGAGAAAAUUCCAAAUUUAGCAAAAUUAGUCAUCAAUUUUUGACCAUUUUGUAUUUUUCCCCAGCAGUCAGUGGUAAUUCAUGUCUGGCAAUGUGGAUUUUAUUAUCACUAGGAUUGAUUGCUCUGUUAUGUGUUUUAUGUUUUGCUAAUUUUGAUAAUUGAAAACUGACAAUUACCAAUUUAAUAAUAAAAAAAAGAAAAGUCGGUGUCAUUGUUUUAAAUCAAUAUCAUACUUAAGUUGUGUCUUUUCUUCUGGAUAAAAUAUGAAAACGUUCAAGCAGAACUUCCCGUCAGUGUUGAUAUAUUUCUAUCUGUAACAUACAUU